AUGGCCUACUCAGAGGAUCUUUCCUACUAUGAAGAUUAUUACGAAGACGACUCUGGCACGGAUCCGAACAAUAGUCACAACGACAUCGCCGACUGGAUGGAUAACCAAGACCUCACCCGCGACCUCCGAGCUCAACUCCUAACCCAGCACGCGCAAGAUCAAGCCCAACUCUCACCCCCAUGGCUCGUAGUGCGGGCACUACAUCAGCUCCUUCUCUCACUUCUCUGGAUCCUGUUCUAUCCCGUGCGCUGGACAUUACAUCUCAUCGAUGCCCGUCUUAGCUCCAGCAACGGCAAAGCGUAUAUCCUCUCCAUCCACGAAAACGGUAAUCUCCCGCACCGAGCCCCAUACCAUCGAAUCGUGGGCGUAUUCACAAAUCUUAAUGCUGCGAAAACGGCUGUCGCGGAGAUGCUGGCGUUGCCACAGUAUAACGGGAGAUUGUUCUUGGGGCUUCACACGCCGGAGUGGGCGGAGAGUGAGAUGGGUUCUAUGGUUUUAUGUGUUGAAGGGCAGGAAGGUGGGGGGCGACAUGGCCAUGGUGGCGGCGAUGGGGGAUUCAGGUUUAUUGUUGAGAGGAUGUGCGUGAAGUGGCGAUGA